UCCAAAUCAACCACCGUCAAGAUGGUCAAGUCAACACAAAUCUCUCGAAUUGAUGGUUUAAUGCUGGCCGCCUCGGUCGACGAUGAGCAGGCCGAAAAUGAGCUCUCUGAGAUUAAGAGUCAGGCUAAGAUGAUCUUCCGCCGGCUGAAUCGCAAUGCCGCACCUCAGGCAAGCAUUGAGUCAGGCCAAUACAACCUCCACUAUCUAAUUAAGGAUGAUAUUUGCUUCCUCACCAUCUGUGAUCGCUCGUAUCCCCGCAAGCUUGCAUUCACCUAUCUUGCUGAUCUGGCCUCCGAAUUCACUACCACCUACUCUCCCUCACAAUACCAGUCCCCGAACCUCCGCCCUUAUGCAUUUGUUGAAUUUGACACCUUCAUUCAACGUACCAAGAAGCUGUACCAAGAUAGCCGUGCCUCUGGGAACCUUGAUAAGCUGAAUGAUGAACUCCGUGAUGUCACUCAGGUCAUGACCAAGAAUAUCGAGGAUCUCCUCUACCGCGGAGAUAGCUUAGAGCGGAUGGGUGAAUUGUCUGGCCGUUUGCGAGAAGACAGCAAGAAGUACCGAAAGGCGGCCGUACGCAUCAACUGGGAAUUGUUGGUGAAGCAGUAUGGUCCCUUUGUCGGAGUUGGGCUUUUGAUCUUCAUCUUGCUGUUCUGGCGCUUCUUCUGA